UGAAGUAUCUUCUCAAUUUAAUUUAACCAAUAAAUUUCAUACAAGGCAAAUUGCGCCAGAAUCCGAAGAGAACUUAUCAGUCACAUUUUUAAAAUUAUUUAGAAAUAGACAACGUGAAAAGAGGUUCACAAUCAAGAUUUUCCCGAACUUUCGGUCAGCAUUUCCAGUUGUCUCCCAGAAAUAACUCGAAAAACGAGUCGUCAAUAUUUGCCAGUUACUAUAGUUUCCACGGUCCAAAGAUCAGCGUCUUAAAAUACCAAGUAAAUUUACUUUUCAAUAUCCGAUUUCGGAUGAUCGAAGGAAGGUCGAAUCGGUGAGUACGUUGGUAGUACUGCAAGCACCACUUACAGCAAUUUCGGAGUCUGCUGUUAUCGGCAUACAGCUUGGCUUAUUCCACUUUAAACGUUAGAUCUGUAAAGAAGGCGAGGCUAAAUAAAAUUAAAUGCAUGAUAUUUAUUAAUCCAGUAAGGAUAAAAUUUAAAGCGAAGAGACAGCAGCAGGAUGAAACGAACGAUUGGCCACCCUGUAUAUCGUUCAGAACGAGCAGGAACCGGCGCGACUGCGGCGCCAUCUACUGAAAACAAAAAUGGUGACCAACGAUAUGCCCUAUCCCUGCCCUGGUUUUGUGGCACGCCAAAUGUCCGUGUUGUCUAGGCUCCUGUCUAUUAUGUAUUUCCCGUCAGUCGACGUAUCCAAUGUCGAUGUGAGUAAGGGGAGCCCCUUAGCCGCCGCCGCGCCCAAGUUUAGCGUGAAAUAAGCGUGGCUGUUUCUAACCAAACAGCAGGUGAUAUUCUAAACUACCGAAUAAUUUGUGUAAUUAUAACCCCCUCGCAGUAAUUCGUCGUGUCAUUUGCCUUAUGUAAUGAAAUUGGAUGCGAGUAAUUUUACAGCAAAGUUGGAUUCGCUCAGUGCGUCUUUAGUCUGAUUACUGAAUUCAUUUGGUUACGGUUAUGACAGAACAAAACCGUACGAUGGGUUUAGAAGCCGAAAUGGCUGCUCCGUUGCAUUUGCAGCGGCUAGAACGUAGCCUGAAUGUACAACCUUUCUUAGGUCAACUGAAUGAACUCUUUCGAGAUCAUGUCAGUGACGAUGACAAAUCUAUUUCUUCGGAUUCUUCGGAGGGCUCAGAUAUUUAUAAUGAUGGCUUAACCAAGAAAGAGGAAGAGAGAAUAGAUAAACUACGACUGUAUAAUAUGGCUAGUGUGGGAGAUGAACGCAGAUGGUUGCAAGAUAUUUUGCUUGGUGAUUCAUCGGAUAGUUCUGCAUCAGGAUCUGAUAGCGAUGCUCCUAUUACAGAAGAAGAUUUUCAAGAUAUGUUAAAGUUUCAUAUAUUGCGGAAGAAAUAUCAAGGCCGAUUUUAUCAGAAACCAGAGAAUAUUCAAUAUCAGUAUUAUGGUGCUGGGUUGUUAUCAAGUUACGAUAGGUUUUUAGAACAUCAAAAACUUAUAGUUGGAAAUAAAAAGAAAAAAGAUAAGAAACCUGAUAAGAAGAUUAUGAAGCUUAAGAAGGAAAAAGGUGUUCGACACAGAGGAUCAAAUGACUAUCGAGAACAUGAUUAUCCUGAAGAUGUUUGGGAUAGAGCAUUGCAUAAAGACGAUGAAUUAGACGAAGCUGAGCUCGAGGCUAUGAUGAGACAUCAACCUCGAGCUCGAGGCAGGAAAAAGCAUAAUAAUAAGAGUCCUGAGGUAAUGGCAAUGAGGAGAAGGAAGAUCUGGAUAAUGAUGUCAAAGAAGGAGUUGGGGAAAGUUCAACGAGCUAAAACGAACAAUCAUAAAGAAAUGCUUAUUAGUUGUAAGAAAGUUGCACAACAUUGCAUGAAGUAUUGGCGACAAAAAGCGAUGCAAUCUCAAAAAAAUAUGAAAGAAACAAUUUGGCGUGCAAAACGAUUAACCAGGGAGAUGCAAUCUUAUUGGAAGCGUUAUGACAGGGUUGAGCGUGAAACCAGAAGAAGGUUAGAAAAAGAAGCAGAGGAGCAACGUAAAAUGGAUGUCGAGCUCAUUGAGGCAAAACGUCAACAACGGAAGCUGAAUUUCCUCAUAACGCAAACCGAACUUUAUGCUCAUUUCAUGUCUCGAAAAUUAGGUAAAGCAUCACCAGAAGAACAGUUGAGGAUACUCAAUCAAUUAGACGAAGAAAAGAAUCCCCGAUUAGUUGGAAUUGAUGAUUAUGAUUGUGAAAUCAUGAAACAGAAGGCAAAGAAAAAUGCUACUGAAGCAUUCGAUAGCGAGAGAGCAAGAACUAGACAGUUUGACACUGGAGCAGCAGCGCAAGAAUUGCGUCUGAGUGAAACUCCAGAAAACUUGGAACACCCUCAGCCAUCUAUUUUCAAAGGAAACCUUAAGGGUUAUCAACUUAAAGGAAUGAAUUGGCUUGCAAAUCUUUAUGACCAAGGUAUUAGUGGUAUAUUAGCUGAUGAGAUGGGUUUGGGUAAAACGGUACAAUCUAUAGCAUUCUUAUGUCACGUGGCUGAGAGAUAUUCUGUUUGGGGACCAUUUUUAAUAAUAUCACCAGCUUCGACGUUGCACAAUUGGCAGCAAGAAAUGGCGAGGUUUGUCCCUAUAUUCAAAGUGGUACCUUACUGGGGUAACCCACAAGAACGAAAGAUAUUGAGACAGUUCUGGGAUACCAAAGACUUGCAUACAAAGGAAGCAUCGUUUCAUGUGGUAAUCACAAGUUACCAACUAGUUAUUACCGAUUACAAAUACUUCAACAGGAUAAAAUGGCAAUACAUGAUACUUGACGAGGCACAAGCGAUAAAAAGCACAAGCAGUAUGCGAUGGAAAUUAUUACUUGGAUUCAGCUGCCGUAAUCGAUUGCUCCUUAGUGGUACCCCGAUACAAAAUAGUAUGGCUGAGUUAUGGGCUCUGUUGCACUUUAUAAUGCCAACUUUAUUCGACUCUCAUGAUGAAUUCAACGAAUGGUUUUCGAAAGAUAUUGAGAGCCAUGCAGAGAAUAAGACGGGAAUAGACGAAAAACAUCUGUCGAGAUUACAUAUGAUUUUAAAGCCUUUUAUGUUAAGAAGAAUCAAAAAGGACGUAGAGAAUGAACUGUCAGAUAAAAUCGAGGUCAUGGUCUACUGUCCUUUAACGACACGACAAAAGCUGUUAUACUCCGCGUUAAAGAAGAAAAUUAGGAUAGAAGAUUUGCUGCAUUACACAGUUGGAGGUGGUGAUACCGCUACUAAUGACAAAAAUUUCACCUCGAACUUAAUGAAUCUAGUCAUGCAAUUCCGAAAGGUUUGCAAUCACCCUGAAUUAUUCGAACGUAGAGACGCUAGAUCUCCUCUCUUUAUGAAGGCAGAAUGUUACGAGAUGCCUGUGCUGUUAUACAACGAAGGACUAUUAUCCCUUUCAUUACCGUCCAAAGAUCAUAUACUCUUCAAUAAAUUAUUCGUAUUCGCUACGGAGUAUAUUCAUCGGUCUCUUUACGGGCGAGGCGAGAAUACUUUCGAGAGUUUUUUCUCAUUUAUUAGAUUAAUAAACUUAUCACCAAUGGAACUGAACAAAUUCUUUAUUGCUGGUAUACUCUUCAGAUUAUGUUACACUACUUUGGUGGAGAGGAAGAUGCGUAUAAAGCGUCACUGGGAAGAUUGGUGGGUCGACGAGAACGUGCCAACCCCUAAGAAUAUCAUGUUAAUUCCAAGACGUAAAGUUUGUGCCACACCUGCGACCAGUGGGUUGAUUUUUACGAACAAAAUUCUCGAGGGAGAUGCCCUGUACACUCAUACUACUCAUACGAUUCACUCGAUGUCGGAGACGAUGGCACAUCGAAUACUUCGCAGCAGCAAACGGUCUGCCAAUCAAUUGCUCAAGUUCCAACGAACAAUUCCCAGCAUCAAGGGAGACCAAGGAGAGGAGCCAAAGCUGACCUUACUGCCAGAACAUCCAUAUGUCCCUCGAUCCCCAUCGAUGAGAUUUUGUCAGCCCACUACUAUUCCCGCCUUCGUCUGCGAUAAUAAUCCCAAAGUCCAGGUGAGCCCUAGAAAGUUAUACGUGAGCAGUAGUUCCGCAGCCUGUGCCUGGCGAAGACACGAAGAGUGCGGAGGGAAUUUCGGGCAAAAAGUGUUAUGGCUCGGCUGCAGCAAAGCUCUUCUUCCCUCGAUAUUGCAAGCGCCGUCAAUCGUUCGAAUGGGUCUGACUCCGACAUUUUCAUACGAGAUCCCAGGCGGCUUGACGGGAUGUGCCCCAAUCAAUGGGUGGUCGAACAUCAUCGUACCUGACAAGCAGACCUUGGUGACGGAUGCAGGGAAACUCUCAGUCCUGGACAGCCUUUUACGUCGUCUCAAGGAGCAGGGUCACCGAGUCCUGAUUUACUCUCAGAUGACGAAAAUGAUCGACCUGCUCGAGGAGUACAUGUAUCACCGGAAGCACACCUUCAUGCGUCUGGAUGGUUCCUCGAAGAUAUCGGAUCGCCGCGACAUGGUCGCCGACUUCCAGAAGAGGGCGGAUAUAUUCGUCUUUUUGCUGAGCACCCGGGCCGGCGGAUUGGGGAUCAACCUCACCGCAGCGGAUACGGUGAUAUUCUACGACAGCGAUUGGAACCCAACGGUGGAUCAACAGGCGAUGGAUCGGGCUCACAGGUUGGGCCAGACAAAGCAAGUCACGGUUUACAGACUCAUCUGCAAAGGCACCAUAGAGGAGAGGAUCCUGCAACGAGCCCGGGAGAAAAGCGAGAUUCAACGAAUGGUCAUCAGCGGGGGCAACUUUAAGCCGGACACCCUGAAGCCCAAGGAAGUGGUCUCGCUGCUGCUGGACGACGAGGAGAUCGAGGCGAAAUACAGCCAACGGAGCGAGGAGAGAAAGCAGCACGCGGAGGAGGCUCGCCUCGACUCGAGCCUGCAGUCCAAGGAGAGGGACCGGAAGAGGAAGCUAACCGCGCUUCCGGCCAAGCAGGACCCUAAGCGACCCUGCCUGGAGGAUGCGACCUCGGAGCGGUGCGUGGAGAACAGCCAGGCGAGCCAGGAUUUCGCCACAAAGCAGGCCAGCAACCCGGUACAGUCGCAGCAAUUGAAUCACCAGCUCCAACAGCACCAGCAGUCGCAGUCGCAGUCGCAGCAGCAGCAUCAACUGCGCCAGCAAAACCAGCAGCAACCGUCGGACGCCCUGGACGAUCUCGGAGGGCCGACCAGUCCGGUUAGGUCCGAGGACGAGAACAGCAACGAGGGUCUCGUCGUGGACGUGGACGGCCCGGUUCCAGCUUCCGCUGGAGACGCCCGGCAAUCUCGAGUGGGCCACUUCGGCGAACCUCCAAAGGUGGCAAGGCUUGGUCACCAUUUUACCUUCGGCGUAGGAGGUUCCGUUCGAAUGCGACCCACGGUCCGGGGAAGCACCAAACGCGGUCGACCACGGGGAUCUCGCAGAGGAGGACCCAUCGGCGGCAAGGGCAGGGGGCUUCUCCUAUUGCACCCUCCUAACAAGGCCGUGGUCCCAUCCUGCUCGACCCCGGUUGCAUCUCCUACGAGUCAAGCGAUUCAUCACGGGUCAGCCGAGAGCUCGGUACCGGACGCGGAGGGCACGAGCACCGUCGGGUCCCUAGGACCUCUGGGGACCCUAGGGUCGCUGCCGGGGAGGUCGGGGCAAGCCGCCAUCCGCAGAGGCCCGGGUCGACCUCGACUCAGACCCAACGGGCCCGCUCAUCAGGGCCACCGGGGACACCACCACGGGAAGAAGAUCCAGCGUCCGCUUCCGGUGCCCCUCAGGUCGCACCAGCUGGUGCCCCUUGCCCGCAAGCCGCAGACCUCGUCGACCUCGGGACCCUCGACCUCGGUCCCGACCUCCUUCGCCGCAUCCUCGAGCUCGACUUCCCGCAACCCUGGCGAGACGAGGCCCUUCGGGUUCUACACCCAGCAGACGCCGCAGCGUGGAUCGUCGUAAGGCCCCGAGGUUGGGCCCGUGAUCGAGCAAUAAUCGCCGACUCUCCCGCGAGAAACGCGGCCGGGUAGACCCGCGACCGCUGCGGAAAAUCGCAGAUCAGCUCGAGGGAACGGAAUCGCCGCUACCCGGGAACGCGGCCAAGCGUCGAAGUGUACCUUGGAGAAAUCGAAGAGCGGUCCCAGGGAAUUCUCGGCAGGUGGACUCUCGGACGGAGGGGCAAGGUCUCCCCAGGUGUAGAAGGACGCGCGAGCCAGGGAUUAAACCCGGAAUCCCUCCCGGAAACGGCGAGACGGGCCCGAUUUCCCCGAUCUACCGACCGCUCGACGUUCGCUUCGUUUUAGCGGCGCAACGGCCGAGUUCCGAGUUAAUCGCCCCCGACCUGGAGGUCGUCGACGGACGUCGAGGGCGCGGAUCGAGCUCCUGCGAUCGUCGAUCGUCUUUGAUUUUUUUUUUUUUCUCCAGGCUCGAUCCUCGCUCCGACUCCUCGAAACCUUCGUCCUCCCGACGCGAGGUCCACGUAGCUUCGUUACAUUGGACAGAGCUCUUUCGCCCAUAUUUUUUAAACGGAUUCGCAUGCCACAGAACGUAAUUGUGAAGACUAGAUUUGUAAAAAAAAAAAAGUGGUAUUUAUUAUGAAUAA